GAACAUCUCGCGAUAUCUGAGGCGAGAGUUCCUCAUCCUUGGUCUAGAAGGGCACAGAAACGUUUUGUCCAGGGAUCCUGACAUUGACCUGUUAAAACAUGUUGUCGAGACUGGUGCUCGUUUCAGGUCAUACCCUGAAAAACAGCGGGUCCUUUGGCGCUUGCUUGGUUCAGGCCUCUCGUUCCUUUCACCAGUCCUCCCAGAGUCUUGCACCAGUUCCCCCUCUGCCCGAGAAGGGAGGAAAGGUCCGACAUGGCAUCUUCCCAGAGGAGCUUUUCACACUGCUGUAUCCCAAAACCGGUGUGACAGGUGGGAUUGUCAGCAUUAUUGCCUCCUUUCUUAGCGUUUCCCUGUUAUCCAGAUUCCUGUUUGUCUUUUUAAAAGUUCACUCCAAGUAGAAAUUCUCGAAGAAU